AUGAACGAGGUACCCCACAAACAGGACUCGGGUCAUCGACAACAGCUCUUCAACUGCAACCAUGCUGAUUGUAGGGCAACGUUCACACGAGAGUGGCGUUUGAAAGAGCACGAGACCGUGCACACUGGAGCGGUAAAUAUGAUCUGGGGACAUGACUGAUAUUUGAGUGAUAUUCGAAUUCAAUUAUGGUUCCAUGUGGCUGUAACCUCAUUCUCGGGCUAAUUGAGUUCAUGUGAAUAAUGUGCGGUAGUGCGUCGACUAAUUCUGCCAUAAAUGUGGCGCGAUAGUUCGAAUGGCAAAGUUAAUUCUGACGUUUGAGCCUCUUAUGACUGGAGUCAAACAUUACGAUUGUGUAUCAUUUAUAACGCUUUGUUUCUCAGCAACCUCUUCAAUGUAAAGUGGCUGAUUGUGGCCGUCUUUUCUCACGGAAUUCUCACCUGCGCCGACACGCACUUGGCCACACCGGGGUGAAAAAAUUCAGGUAGGUUAAUAAUUUCAGUUGACGUUUCAUUGCAUACCCAUGGGUUAGGCUAUAGUUAGAAAAACUUAACUAACACGGUUUUUUUCACCAAACAGAUGUACCUUUGUGAGUUGCACAAAGACUUUCUUCAACGCGGACAAGUUGAAGAGACACGUCCAUUAUGCCCACGGAGAAAAGGACACGUACUUUAAGGUUAUAGUCCACUAGAUGGCGCCAGAUAACCACGUUGCAAUUUGGACAUUGCCCACUUUCUGCAUCCUCUCUAGUUAUUUUUAAUCGGAUCCCCUUGGCCCUGUUAUGUGUACUUUAUGAAAUGGGUUCUUGCAUUUAAUUUGUAAGAAACCAUUUCCCUUUAUUUACCGUCAUCUUAAUGUGCUGAAUGUUAUUUUUACUUGCUUAAUUGUCCCCAUGUGCAGUGCAAUUUCCCAAAUUGCUCAUUGACAUUCAAGAAACGGAGGGUGUAUAAAUUACAUUUGAAGGAGCAUGGAAUAUCUUCUAAUUUCAAGUAAGUCACAAUCUUUAAAUGGGCCUGUAGUCCUUACUUCCUUUGAAUACUGCACAAGGCCUAAGCUGAUGCGCAAGCUGAUGAAGUAUACUCUCUUUAAACUGCAAGUGUAUGCAUGUCUCAGUAGAUUAAUGGCUAAAUUAUUCUGUCCCUGGUUUUCUCAGAUGUUCAAAGAGAGGAUGUGGAGUCACGUUUGACACCCAUGUUGCUCGCAAAGCCCAUGAGAAGAAACAUGCAGGUUUGUCCCUUUUUGACUGUCGGCCUUCUAUUGCUGUACUGUCUUGCAUAAAUUCAAAGAAAUCUCGCAAUCAUUUUGUAUUACAACUAUCAAAGGGGUGGUGGUAGUAGUUCAUUUUACUCUUAAUUUAAAACUGCCCGUACAUAUCUCUCCCACUCUGCAGGGUACCGCUGCUCACAGCCUGAAUGCAAUCAUUUUGAGCAAACCUGGGGGAAAAUGCACAAGCACAUGGCUAAACACCCGGGUAAGUACCCCCACCACCAAACACCCUUAACUGGAGCUGUUACUGAAUGUGAUGAGAUGAAAAGUACUAAUUAUUGUACCAGUCAGGGCCAACUUACCUUCCCUCUCACAGGAAAACACUGUUCGGAUGUCAUUGUUUUCACAUUUAGGGUGAUUCUGGUUUUUCGUCAUCAGUCUUCUACCACUUCUGUAAAUAUCCUGCCUUGUACCCUGCUAGUUGUAGUGUGACAGUGUUUGAGAAAUGGCUUAUGAGUUAGCUGAUUAGUAAUGCAAUUAAGGGAAAGCUUAUUUUAUUGGACCUUUUUUAGUUUCAAGAAACAUCCAUACCCUUUACUCUGCCGCCUGCUCAUACCAUCUGAUUUGGCUAAUGGACAACUUGUUGGGCAGGAAUCCAGUAGUAACAUUUGCCUCUCCUGUCCCUGCAGCCACAUUCACCUGUAAGCUGUGCCAGAAGGUGUUUAAGCAUGUGGACUCUCUGCGUAGACACAAGCGGACCCAUGCCCUGCAGAAGCCUGUCCUGCUGUGCCCCAGCAGCGGCUGCAAGGCCUACUUCUCCACUACCUUCAACCUGCAGCACCACAUCCGCAAGACCCACCUGCAGCUCCUCAAGUACCAUUGUUACUUCCCCGACUGCCCCAGGACCUUUGCCAUGCGGGUAUGCACUGUACCCCUUGUGGUCCUGUGUUCAGUAGGAGUAAGAAUGGUGAAGGGGGGGGGGGGGGGGGGGGGGGGGACUCCAAUAAUAGACUAAUCAUGAUCUUCAGUUUAGAAUGCAAUUAGUUAAUCAGCUGUUUGCUAGGAUGGGGGGGAAAAGUGACACCACUCUGGCCCCUGAGGACUGGAGUUGCCCAUCCCUGAUUUAGGCAGUCUAGUUUUAUCUGUUGAACACACUUGUAGCAUUCUGCCCUAAGCUGCCACAGAACUCUCCUCUUCAGGCUGCUCUUUCUGACGUCCAUUUUGUCAGAUCCUUAACUGUCUAGUCUUCUACACGGUGGUGACGACAUGCAGUUGGGUUUCAAUCACUGCAUGCAAAGCAGCCUCAUGAAUUUCUAAGCAGUCACUGAAUGUCUUGUCAUUGAACUACUAGUGGCUGAUUCUUCCAUCACCUCCCUGUGGACAGAAUGGAAUUUGAAUUUCAAGAUAAACAUUUGUCCAUGUUGUGGACGGAGAUGUUUGCCAUUGUGGCACUGGUACAGUAUAAAGGUUUAGAAUAGACGGAUGUUCAUACUUUGCUGGUGUCAUAAUGUUUGUACGCCAUCGUUGUCAUGACUAACAUCUCUGUUCAAUCUCACAGGAGAGCCUGAGCCGACACAUGGCUCACCACGACCCAGAGGCCAGCCCUGAGAAGGUAAGCAUGGUUUUAUAGUCAGUCUAUCCCCUGUGGGUAAGAUGUGGGCUUGAGCCAACAGUGGGGCUACUGUUUGGUGUGUCUGGCUCUGGCCAGGUGACCAUUGAUCUGUAUGUGUACCCUGAACCAUGUCUUUGAACCAGUUGAAAGCAGAGUCCCUUAGAUGUCUGGCAGAGUUAAGGGAAUCUAUAGCAGCUUUGGGCAUUAUGGGGCUCAAGGGAGGGGUGGCGUUUACUCACACAAUGUCGGUCUUGUCUCAAUUUGUCCAGCUCUGGAGCUCCUAACUGAAGUCCUAAUACACAUGCUUCCUGUCUAGUGGGCAGGUUUAAAGUUAAUGACCCUUCUGAACAGUUGUGGUGAAUUGUUCCACUAGACAUUUCAUACCUCAACUCAAUUUUCCUUUGUCGCAUCGUGUUUAUCUCUCUGUAGCAGAAGCGCAAGCGGAACAAGAAGGCCUGGCAGAAGCGUUUGGAAGGCCACCACCAGCUGCCCUUGGUGGAGGACGACCUGCGGCGCCUCUUCGCCUUGCGCAUGAGGGUGUCACGACGGGCCAAGGUGGAGGCUAACCUCUCUGGCCUCUUCAACGAGCGCAAGAUCCCCCACUUUGUGGACUCGGAAGUCAACCUGCGUGACCUCUUCAGCAUCAAGCCCCCUCACUCCCCCCGCCCUGCAGAGCAAGGCCCUAUGGAGGUCACCCAGCCAGAGGUCACUGUGAUCAAGGGUUAA